GACUGUUUUAUCUAUACAAUACAUCAAAGCGCAUUUCCAAGAUAACUCAUCUCAGUGAGAUUCAAGACGUCAUUUUCUUACAUUUGCUCCAAAUUUCCAUCGGUAGUUACGGAUCGUCAGUGAAACUGUAACCAUGAAGCUAAAAAUUCUAGCUCUAUUGUAUCUGAUACAAUUUUGCCAAAGUAAAACUUUUCCAGGUACAUUUCCGCCUCUAUUUAAAAAACCGGAUUCUAGAAUAGUUGGAGGAUUUCCAGUGAAUAUUGAGAACUACCCCUAUCAGGUUUCAUUGGAAUAUGUCUACAGACACAUAUGUGGAGGGGCGAUUAUUUCCAAUAGAUGGGUUUUAAGUGCCGCCCAUUGCACACAACUCUGGCGUGAUUACACACCUCCAUCACUAUUCACCAUCCGAAUGGGAACAUCUUUUCUUCAAUCUGAAGGAGAACGCUUUACAGUGACCCGAGUAAUCGAACAUCCUGGCUAUGGAAACACCGCCACUCCUUUCGACUACGAUAUGUGUUUGAUUCAAGUGUCCAGAGAAAUUGUUUCCUCCAAUAGCUUACAACCAGUUGCUUUACCAGCGCCUCAUGCCCCCUUAAUUCCCGGAUCAAGAUGUGUAAUUUCUGGUUGGGGUGCAUUAACCGAGGGCGGAUCCAGUCCAUCACAAUUGCAUGCCGUUGCGGUUCCUUUGAUUAGCAUUGAAAGUUGCAAUGAGUACUACCGAUCGGUGAGUGCCGAUGUCACUGAAACCAUGAUGUGUGCAGGAUCUCCAUACGGAGGAAGAGACGCAUGCCAGGGAGAUUCUGGAGGUCCUUUAAUAGUUGACAAUGUUUUAAUUGGAAUUGUUUCAUGGGGAGCUGGAUGUGCGCGACCCAACUUCCCAGGAGUGUACGCGAAUGUUCCAUUUAUGCGAGAAUGGAUUACGGAAGUAUCUGGAGUUUAAAAUGGAUUUCAAAUAUACUAAAAAAUGUAUUAUAUUAUUUUAUGUAGUAUAUUUUCUUCUCGGUUUCAAAUGUU